AUAUAAAUCGCAUUGUAUUUGUUUACUUGUUUUCGAAUCGUUCAAGUCCAAAGUUAAAACUGAAAACGGGUGGCUAAAGGCUUCGCCUUGAUGACCAAAAUGAGCCCAACUAAACAAGAACUGCUGCAGCCGGUGAAGACAACAAAUCCCCUUGUCUAUUUCGACAUCAGCAUUGGCGAAGAAAGCGCGGGACGCAUGGUAAUUGAACUGCGCAAGGAUGUUGUGCCAAAGACAGCGGAAAAUUUCCGUGCUCUAUGCACGGGCGAACGUGGCGUGGGGCAGCUGGGCAAACGGCUGCAUUACAAGGGCACGCGUUUCCAUACAAUCAAGCGGGUGUUUGCCGUACAAGGAGGUGAUCUGGUGAACAACGAUGGCACCAGCGGCGAGAGCAUCUAUGGUCCACUGUUCGAGGAUGAGAACUUUGAGCUGACGCACAACGAGGAGGGCGUGGUCAGCAUGGCGAACUAUGGCAAGCCAAAUACAAACAACUCCCAGUUCUUUAUCACAGCCGUCGGCUGUGAGAACCUCAAUGGCAGCAAUGUCGUUGUGGGCCGUGUACUGCGGGGCCUGGGCAUCGUUGCCGAAAUGGAACAGAACUGCAACGAUGAAGCCCAUCCGACGACGGAUAUUACUAUAACCGACAGCGGCGAGCUGGCUCCUGGCGAGGAUUGGGCCAUCGAAUGCAGCGAUGAGACAUCUGACAAGCUGCCGCCCUAUCCCCAGGAUUGGACGGGCAAAUUCCACAAGCCAACGGUGGAAACAGCUGUUAGCCUGCUCACGGGCCUGCGAAAGUCGGGUAAUCACUUUUUUCAGCUGGGUCGCUUCCAUGAGGCGCGUGCCAAAUACCGCAAAGCGAAUCGUUACUAUACGAUGCUGCGCCGAAGCUUUGACUGGCAGGAACUGAAACGCAGUCAAGCCGACUCCGAACUGAGGCGAUUGGAUGCCUUCUCCGUGGUGAACAACAUCAAUAUGGCGGCUGUCGAACUGAAAUUGGGCAACUAUCAGUAUGCCAAAUACGAGUGCUCCGAGGCCAUUCGCUUGGAUCCCAACUGCAGCAAGGCGUUUUAUAGACGAGGACAAGCGCAACGUGCAAUGCGUAACUACGAGGAGGCCAUAAACGAUUUGAAGCAUGCACAUAAACUGCUGCCGGAAAAUAAACAAAUCCUAAAUGAAUUAAACAGCGCCAAGCAGCUCCUGGCCGAAUACAAUAAGCAGCAACGAAAGGCGCUCAAGAAUCUGUUCCACUAGUUGACAGCGAGUUCGU